AUGGUUCAGUUCCAUGAAUUUGUUAGAAAUGAUCGGUGUUCAUUUUUGAAUCUUAAACUACAAACAUACAAUAUUUACAAUAAUAAUUAUGACGUACAACAAAAAUUUCAUGGUUUAAGAUUAUGUCGUGGAUUUAUCGAUAAUCAAUGUUGUCCAUCGUCAAUAGAAAAUAACAUAAAAAAUGCAACGGCACUCGAAUUAUAUCGUCUAUUUGAAUUAAAUUCAAUAAUUGUUUAUGAUUCCUUGUUGCGUUAUUCUACUGAACUAAAUGAUACUAUAAAACAAUUGUUACAAUCAUCCCGUCAAGAAACACAUUUAGUAUUACAACGUGGCUAUAAUAAUUUGUAUGAGAUGUAUCGACAGUCAAUUGAUGACUUUUAUAAUUCUUUAAAUAUAAUCACGGCACGUACAAAAAAUGACAUUAGUCUAUAUGUUGAACAAUUAUUUCGCUCAGUAUUAAAAACAUCAUUUUCAGUUACAGUAACGGGAAAAAUAAAUGAUGUCAAUCUUCAACCGUCAAUUAAAACAUCGUAUCUCACAUGUGUUUGGCAAACGAGGCCAUUUGGUGAUAUAUCAACAACAUUAACUAGUCAAAUAUCUAAAAAUCUUGGCAGCAUUUUGGAUCUAUAUGAAUUACUGAAAACUGUAUCUGAACUCGUACAACUCAUUUCUAUCGGUAUAACAACCGAUUAUCAUUGCAUUGAUUUAAUGACACAAUUAAACUAUUGUAAUCUUUGUGCUGGACGAAAUGAACUUCCCUGUUAUUCUAGUUGUAAAAAUGUUAUUUUAAGUUGUUUGAGUAAUAUUACACGUAUUGAUAACACAUGGAAUAAAUUUGUUGAUUCUAUACAAAAUGUACAAUAUUUUAAUGGUCUUGAAAAUGUUCUCUCAUCAAUUGGUAUAUCAAUAUCAGAAGCAGUAAUGACAUUUUUUAAUGCUGGUGGUGUGGAAAAUAAAGAGAUUAUACGUCAAUGUGGACGUUUGUCUACAAAUAGAAUAUUAAAACGAACAACAUCCAUUGAAAACAAUAUGAGCAAUAAAUCAAUUUUCAAACCAAUUAAUGUGAUAUCGUUAAAUAAUGAUGUGACAACAUCAUCAUUCCAUAAAAAAUUGAUGAUGAUUAGUCGAUCAUUUUCGGUCCAUCAAUCAUUUUGGUCAACGUUGCCAGAUUCAAUUUGUACCACACCGGGAGUGUCCGUAAUAAAUACUACAUGUUGGACUGGUACGACAGUAUCGAUAGAUGGACGAUCUCAGAUGAAAUCUCAUUUUGACAAGCCAUUAAGUUUAAGAUUACAAUGGCUUUUAAAUGAGAUUGAAAAAAAAUCUGCCAUAUUUGAUCAAACAGAGUACUCUCAAAAUGCAGCUGCCGUUUUCACAUUAAAAAAUGACACAAAACUGAACAUGUUUUCAAUAACUACACUAUUGAAUGAUACGCAUGAUAGUUUAAACGAUGAUCAACAGGAGGAUGAAUUAGACUAUGCUGAUUAUGCCUACGAAGAUGAAGAGUCAACAACAUCUAGAAAAACAACCAUUGUAUCAACAACAACAAAAAAAACUACACUGCAAAUAUUAUCAUUCGUUACUACAACAAAAACUAGCCUAUCUAUAUAUCCACUAGAACACGAUUCAGAAGAUGAUAAUACAGAUGCCUAUUACGAUUACGAUGAUUCACACGAUAAAGAGGACGAUGAUCACGAUUAUCAUGAAUAUAGUGACGAGAAUUUUUCGACUUAUCCACCACCACUAAUAAAACCAACAACAAAUACAAAUUGGAGAAAAAAUAUACCGAAUCAUCAUCGAACGCCUAUUGUUUGGACGUUUGAUAAUUCUCUAAAGAAGAACAGUAAUUCGCUUUUUUCCUAUUCUAAAACGUUAUUUUUUACAAAUUUUAUUUCUAUCGUUUUUGUUCAACUUAAAGUCUUAUAA